AUGGCUGGAUCGGCAGUAGAAGACCGCACCAUCGCUGCGGCGGAUGAAGUCGGCAUCGUCGAGGAAAACGAGCUGACCCGCUUCGAGAGGGCGGACGAGUACAUGCAGCUACUCGACGACCUCCUCGUCCGCCGCGCUGACGGCCCUUCGUCUGCGCCAAGCCGCUCAGAAGCCAUCCUGGCUGGCCUCGCCGCCAUCCUGGACGAGUACCAGGAGCAGUCCUACCUCCUCGAUCCUUACCUCGAGCGGAUGGUCACGCCGCCAAUUGAGGUGCUGCAAGCUCACAUUCGAGGGCUAGAGUCUCUAGACGCCGAUGUUGUCGUCCGACUCAGCAGGCUCGUCUACCUCUAUACCAAGAUUCGAGGCUACAAGGCUAUCACAAACUUCUUCCCGCACGAGGUCGCCGAUCUCGCACCGACCCUGACCUAUCUCGAGAAGCUCGCCGAUCCAGACCAGGCAGCCGUCGGGCGGGACGGUGAAGCCAGCGUCUUGAACACGUGCUGGGAGCUUCGCUAUGUCCUGUUGCUGUGGCUCUCGCUCGUCUGCAUGAUCCCAUUCGACCUUCGCCAAUUCGAUGCGCGCAGUGGCGAUCUCGGCGUCCUUGGCCUUGCUGGCUCCGGUGCGAUGCCCACCGCCAACAGGAUCGAACAUGUCGGGAGAUCCUUCCUCUCGAGCCCGGGCAAGGAGAGGGACGCGGCGGCCGUGAUGCUGGGUCGGCUGUUCCAACGGCAAGAUGUUCAAGACGCCCAGUUCGAGGACUUUGCCGCCUUCUGCUCCGCCACGCUCGUGUCCAAGCCCUCUGCCUUCCUCGCGACGGGAGUCCUGCAGGCGCUCUGCGAAGUGGUGAAAACAAACGACCCAGCCUUCGUCUCCGGCAGGCUGCACUCAAUACAGGCGGUGCUCGACCUAUACGACGAUCCGGAUCGACGCGACCUGGCCGGCAACGGGCUCGUGGUCAAGAAUCAGACCAAGCUUACCUGCCGUCUCGGCCUCAAACUGCUGAGGCCGCGGAAGAGGAGACGUUUCAUCCACGUCCGCACCCUCGGCGCUUCCAACGACACCGCCUCCGCUAACGACGAAGCAGACGAAGACGACGACGAGGAUGACGUGCCUGACCUGAUUGACCAGUACAUCUCGAAGCUGAUUGAGUCGCUCCAGCACAAGGACACAGUGGUCCGCUAUAGCGCCGCGAAAGGGCUGGCAAGGCUGUGCGAGAGGCUACCGAGGCCCUUCAUCGCUCAAGUGACGGACGCGAUCGUCAGCCUCUUCCACAUCAACAUACCGGAUCUCUACGAGGGCGCCAACGACCUCAACGCAGUAUCCGAAUGCACGUGGCAAGGGGCGUGCAUGGCACUGGCCGAGCAGGCACGUCGUGGGCUCCUCUUCGCGUCCAGCCUCGGCGAGGUGCUCGAGUGGGUCGGCAAGGCCCUCUUGUUCGACGUGCGAAGGGGUGCGCACUCGGUCGGCGCCAACGUACGCGAUUCGGCGUGCUACGUCGUCUGGGCGCUCGCUCGCGCUCACGACGCCGAGGCGAUCCGGCCCCACGCGCUUCUUCUCGCACGCAAGCUGGUCGCCGUCGCCACGCUGGACCGCGACGUCUCGAUCCGACGUGCCGCCAGCGCCGCCUUCCAGGAGUGUGUCGGCAGGCUCGAUCUCUUCCCGCACGGGAUCGAUGUCAUCCGCAUUACGGACUUCUACGCCGUCAGCGUCCGGAAGAGCGCGUUCCUACGGUGCGCGGUCGAGGUGGCGGAAUUCGACGAGUACAGGUCGUUUCUCGUCGACCACUUGAUCUGCGUUACUAUCGCUCACUGGGAUGCAGCGAUGCGCCGUCUCGGUGCCCAGGCCAUCGCGAGGAUUGUCGGCAUCGACGUCGAGAAGCUAGGGGCGCCGAUAGUUGGCAGGCUGCGGACUCUCUGUUCGGCGAAGGAUAGCGUUAUCCAACACGGUGCUAUUCUCACGCUCGCCGAGAUUGGAGCCAUUUGCGCAUCACGAGACGAUGCGAGCACCCACGAGGCGCUCGCAGCUCUGCUGCUCUCGACAAUCGACGACCUUGCCGCGAGCCGUCUCAAGCGUACAGCAACCGCGCAGGUCCUCGAGGCCUCCUGCCGUCUAGUCGCGUCGGCCUUCGACCUCUUUGCGCGGACGAUGACAGAGCCAAAGCAUUUCUCCAAGGCCGACUCGUGGACGACCGUCGUCUACCUCUCUCUGCAAGACCCCGACGAGACUGUUCACGGGGCCGCAUCCUUGGCAGUCAGGAACGCCAGCAAGGGAUGGAAGGCGUUUUCAGUCGCGCAGCAGCAGAGCAACGCCCUUGUCCUGGGCUCCUACGAUUAUACUCGGCACGCUGACCGGUUCGAGACGGCCCUCGAUCACUUGAUGGCGAUCGUCGAUGUCAAGAACGCCAAAACGCCUGCUAGCCGAUACUCAAGCAACGUCGAAUCGAGGAGAAACGCCUACAUCGCCCUGGUGCGCGCCAUCGAAAGUGUUGAAGGGCAGUGCGAGUCGGCCAUCAUGGUGACCCUCCUCUCUGGUCUCGAAGACUACUCGACAGACCAACGCGGAGACGUGGGGUCAUGGAUCCGCCUCGCCUGUCUCUCGGGUCUGUCGCGGCUGCUCAGCCUAUUUCGAGGUCGGCAUCGCCGGGACUCGACAACCAUCGCCGAGCGAGACGAGUACGUGACGCUCGAGCUGUACGACCAGGUCGUCGGCGGUAUAAUGAAGCAGACGGUGGAGCGGAUCGACCAUGUCCGCGAAGUAGCGGGCGGAUGUCUCCUCCAGCUCUGGAACGACGAGCGGUCUGCAACAGAAAGACAGUCAUGGUGGAGGAUGAAGGGCGGGCAGGUGGUCAAGGAGGCAUUCAUCGACCAAGAUGGCAGCAUGAUCGACUUCAAGAAUGCCAAUAAGCUCUUUCCGCAGGCCGUCAAGCUGCUCCUCAUCCCUCGCUACAGGGGGCAGGUCUUGCUCGGCCUCCUCACAUCGGUCGGGAGCAAAUCUGACCUCGGUCAUCGAACGAUCCUUUCAUCUCUCAUCGCCUUCUUCUCCAACCCAAGCUCUCCCUCUCUCCUGGUGGAGGGGGAGGGGGAGGCGUAUACGCUCUACGACCUUUUCGAGGAUCUGGCGCUCUUGCUCAAGCGGAGCCUGACCAAGAACAACAUCGUCGUGCCCGCCCUUGAGCUCCUGCGCGGCAUCGUCGAGGGCGGAUUGCUUGAAGAGGCGCUCGAGCACGUCGAUACCGAGGGGACGCGGAAGUGGGAGACAAUCCUGACGACGCUCCAACGCACGAGCACUCACGCGUUGAGCACGUUGAAGUCGCAUCAACGCAUCAACGCCUCGAUCCUCUUCUCGUUCUCGCUCCUCCCGCCCUCUCUGGCUCCGUGCUUUGCUCCCCACCACCGGCUGGGCACGGUCAUACUCGAUCGACACCUCAAGACCUUCCUCAGCGUUCCCUACCCCACCAUCCGCGCCAGGGCCGCCGAGUACCUCUACACCCUCUUGAACGUCCACGAUCUCCUUCCUAUCGCAGAAGAGGACGAGGACGAGGGUGAAGGCAAAGGGGCAGAGGAGGUCGAAGGCGUCUUGACGGAGACGAGAUGGGCCACCGCAAGCACCGCGACCUACACCCUCGCGGCCGAGGUCGUCGUUCGAGAGCUGAAACGCCUACUCCUGCCCACCGCCGAGGAAGCUGUAGCGCCUUAG